UUGGACGCCGAGCUUUGGGUGGUGUUGUAGGAGCCAAGAAGGCAGGAAACCUUUUCGGCGAGGACUUCUCAAUCGUCAACUGCGUUGGCCGGCGGCGGCGGAAGGCGGGCGGUGUGUUGCCGUUGCUGGAGCGGAGAGAGGAGAGAGGAGAGACAGCGCCACCCUACCUAUCCAGCCAUGUCCGCGUGUGUCUAUCGGGGCACGAUGGUGCACUCAGUAGCCAUUGGGAAGGUCAAGAUGCUGACGGACGCGGCGAUCGUCGUGAACGAGGACGGUGUGAUCAGUGCCGUGCACGACAUGAAAGACGACGGUGCCGAGGAGACCAUGGCCGACCUCAUGGCGCAAGGGGUGGAAGUGGCGGACUUUCGAGGGAAGCUCAUAAUGCCGGGAUUCAUUGACGGGCACGCCCAUGCGCCUCAGUAUGUGUAUCGGGGGACUGGGAUGGACCUACCGCUGCUGCAGUGGCUGGAGACGCACACAUUUCCGGUGGAGGCAAGGUUUGCAGACCCCUCGUUCGCAAGGAAGGCGUACCAGAAAUGUGUGCGGCGACACCUGACAUGCGGCACGACCACAUGCUCGUACUUCGCCAGCUUACACCUGGAGGGCACCAAGGUGCUCGUAGACGUCAUCAGGGGACUAGGCCAGAGAGCCUACGUGGGGAAGGUGAGCAUGGACAGAAACUCGCCGGACUACCUCCGGGAGACCACGGAAGACGCCAUGCGAGACGCAGAAGAGUUUAUCAAGUUCGGCUCGGAAGAGCUGGACGACCCGCUCAUCACGCCCGUCGUAACGCCGCGUUUCGUGCCCUCCUGCACAUCGGAGCUCAUGGCUCAUCUAGGAGAGGUGUCGCGAAAGUAUGGCGUGCCGGUGCAGUCUCACUUGUCCGAGUCGCCGGCCGAGAUCGCGUGGGUGAAGGAGCUGCACCCAGAGAUCGAAACCUACACGGGCGUGUACAAGCACUACGGACUCAUGCACGAGCGAUCGUACUUUGCACACUGCAUCCACUGCUCGGAGGAGGAGCGCGUGAUGAUGCGCGACACCAAGGCCGCAGUAAUACACUGUCCGUCGUCGAACUUCAAUCUCAUGAGCGGCGUCGCCAACGUGAGGAGGUACCUGAAUGAAGGCGUCAAGGUGGGUCUGGGGACGGAUGUGGCGGGAGGUUACAGCGCUUCCAUGCUGGACUGCAUCCGCCAGACUAUGAUCGCUACAAACGUUUGCGGGAUGAAACCAGAUGAAGAUGGUGUCACAUGGAAGCCUUUGAGCUACCAGGAGGCGUUCCACCUUGCUACCGUGGGCGGGGCAGAGGCCCUGGGUCUGCAGAAGGUGGUGGGAAACUUCGUUCCCGGAAAACAGUUCGACGCCCUGGUGGUGAACCCUUCUCCCGGGGAGGAUACAGAGGCAGACGGCGGCAUCGGAGGAAGGCAAGUCCCGAACACUGCUAUCGACGGGCCGUUCGACUUGUUCCCCGAGCUGGGCCAGGGAAUGCAGACCGCCUUCGAGAAGUUCAUUUUCAUGGGGGACGACAGGAACAUCGAGCGGGUGUACGUCGCCGGAAAUAGAGUAGUUUAG